UAUGAGCCUCCAUUUCUUAUACUACUGCAGUGAACCAACCUUGGAUGUGAAAAUUGCCUUUUGUCAGGUGUGUGUUCCUUACAGGGAUUCGAUAAACAAGUGGAUGUGUCAUAUAUUGCCAAACAUUACAACAUGAGCAAAAGCAAAGUUGACAACCAGUUCUACAGUGUGGAAGUGGGAGACUCAACCUUCACAGUUCUCAAGCGCUACCAGAAUCUCAAGCCUAUUGGCUCUGGGGCUCAGGGAAUAGUUUGUGCUGCAUAUGAUGCUGUCCUUGACAGAAAUGUGGCCAUUAAGAAACUCAGCAGACCCUUUCAGAACCAAACACAUGCCAAGAGAGCAUACCGGGAGCUGGUCCUCAUGAAGUGUGUGAACCAUAAAAACAUUAUUAGCUUAUUAAAUGUCUUCACACCCCAGAAAACGCUGGAGGAGUUCCAAGAUGUUUACUUAGUAAUGGAACUGAUGGAUGCCAACUUGUGUCAGGUGAUUCAGAUGGAAUUAGACCAUGAGCGAAUGUCUUACCUGCUGUACCAAAUGCUGUGUGGCAUCAAGCACCUCCACUCGGCUGGAAUUAUUCACAGGGAUUUAAAACCAAGUAAUAUUGUGGUCAAGUCUGAUUGCACGUUGAAGAUCCUAGACUUUGGUCUGGCCAGGACAGCAGGCACAAGCUUCAUGAUGACUCCUUACGUGGUGACACGUUACUACAGAGCUCCCGAGGUCAUCCUGGGAAUGGGUUACAAGGAGAACGUGGAUAUAUGGUCUGUAGGAUGCAUUAUGGGAGAAAUGGUUCGCCACAAAAUCCUCUUUCCAGGAAGGGACUAUAUUGAUCAGUGGAAUAAAGUAAUUGAACAACUAGGAACACCAUGUCCAGAAUUCAUGAAGAAAUUGCAACCCACAGUACGAAACUAUGUAGAGAAUCGGCCCAAGUAUGCGGGACUCACCUUUCCCAAGCUCUUUCCAGAUUCCCUCUUCCCAGCGGAUUCUGAGCACAAUAAACUCAAAGCCAGCCAAGCCAGGGACUUGUUGUCGAAGAUGCUAGUGAUUGACCCAGCAAAAAGGAUAUCCGUGGAUGACGCCUUACAGCACCCCUACAUCAAUGUCUGGUAUGACCCUGCCGAAGUGGAGGCGCCUCCUCCUCAGAUAUAUGACAAGCAAUUGGAUGAAAGAGAACAUACCAUCGAGGAAUGGAAAGAACUCAUCUACAAAGAAGUCAUGAAUUCGGAAGAAAAGACUAAAAAUGGUGUAGUAAAAGGACAGCCUUCUCCUUCAGGUGCAGCAGUGAACAGCAGUGAGAGUCUCCCUCCCUCUUCGUCCGUCAACGACAUCUCCUCCAUGUCCACCGACCAGACCCUGGCAUCUGACACUGACAGCAGCCUGGAAGCCUCGGCAGGACCCCUGGGUUGUUGCAGGUGACUAGCCGCCUGCCUGCGAAAUCCAGCGUUCUUCAGGAGAUGAUGUGAUGGAACACAUACACAUAGACACGCACACACACACACACAUGCAGACACUCACGCACACACACAGAUGUAGACAUGCAACAUCAAGAAAACAGCAAGGGAGAGAAUCCAAGCCUAAAAUGGAAACAAAUCUUUCAGCCUGCUUCUUCCCCAGAGUUCUGUAUUGCAGCUAAGCUCAAAUGUAUAUUUAACUUCUAGUUGCUCUUGCUUUGGUCUUCUUCCACUGAUGCUUACUACAGAAAGCAAACCAAACACAAUUAGAGAAGCCUUUUCCAUAAAGUGUAAUUUCAAUGGCUGCAAAACCAGCGACCUGUAACUGCCCUUUCAAAUGGCAUGACAAGGUGUGCAGUGGCCCCAACCAGCAUGUGUGUGUCUCUAUCUUGCAUCUACCUGCUCCUUGGCCUAGUCAGAUGGAUGUAGAUACAGAUCCGCAUGUGUCUGUAUUCAUACAGCACUACUUACUUAGAGAUGCUACUGUCAGUGUCCUCAGGGCUCUACCAAGACAUCAUGCACUGGGGUACCACAUGGUCCAUUUCAUGUGAUCUAUUACUCUGACAUAAACCCAUCUGUAAUAUAUUGCCAGUAUAUAAGCUGUUUAGUUUGUUAAUUGAUUAAGCUGUAUGUCUUAUAAGAAAACAUGUAAAGGGGGGAAUUAUGGGGGGAGUGAGCUCUCUCGGACCCUUGAAGAUGUAGCUUCCAAAUUUGAACUGAUUAAAUGGCACCUGUAUACCAAUUUGUAGAAAGAACAUGUGCUGCUUAUAUAAAGUGUGGGGGGAGGGGGUAACAGUUUUCAGGCACUCAAUGGUUUGGCCUUUAGAAGGCAGUUGGGAAUAAAAGCUGAGAGUCUUUUUUUUUUUACAGUGAGCAGUAGAAGAGACUAGAGAGUAGUAUUGCCGUGUGAGCUAAGACAGAAAAGAGGUCAUUGCCCAGAUACUAGGUGUGCAUGUUUUAGAGGUUAAUCCCAUUCCCAUUUGUCACUUCCAAAGGAUCUAUUGUAACAGAAGACUACUGGAAAAAGGGGCAGGUGGUGAGGUAGGUUAUUGUGUACAUAGUUGUUGGUAAGACUCUUUCCCUGAAACUGAGCGGAAUUGCUUCCAUAUGGAUUCCUUAAACAGAAAAAUGAGCCUACUGAAACUACUUUUAGAUUGUAGGUUGUGAUUUUCAUGUGUGAGUUGCUUCCCAGGUUCAUACCCUGCCAAGAUUUUAUUUUGAGAAAAUAAUAUUACUUUCUUCUUUUGGAAUUAAAAAUAAUAAUAAAAAUAAAACCCCCAAAACACAUGAUGAUCCUCAGGUUAGCAUCUGGAAAUAUCUCUAGUGACAUUAUUAUUCCUCAGUGGUUUCCCUGACUCCUUAAUAUGGCUGAUGUUUUAUGUUCAUUUAUUUUCUUGUCUGAACAAUCGAAGAAGGGCUGAUAAUCUGAAUUUUGUAGUGCAGUAGGUACAAGAGCAAUAACUCUGCCUAUAAGUUACUGCUGCUAAAUAGCUUUAGCAAUAUGAGUUUGUCUUUAAAGCCAUGAAGCAUUAAUGUCAGUGUUUUGCAAAAUCUCUUGAAUUUAGCUUAAAUUCUACAUAAGUGCUUUCCUGAGCACUUAAGGAGGCACUGUGAAAUAUCUUGGUUAUGAACAAGGCAAUUCCAAGAUGACUUCUCAGCAAUAAUUAGUACCAGGUACAGGCUUCCCUUCUUACUUACUUUGGUGACAUGUUCAUCACAGUUAUUUGCACUCUGACCAUUCUGGUGCUCACCAAUGUGGUGAUGUUUCACCUGAAGAAGAAGUGAAAUGCAGGAAAGGGAUGGUUGGUGAGUGUGAAAUGACUGACAAAUGGAAUCCCCUCAAAAACAGAGCAAACAAAAAUGCCAGUGCUCUGAAAACUGCCUUAAAUACAAUAACAGGGAAGCUCUGUCUCUCUUCAAGCAAUAGAGUCAACAGGGAACUGCAACCCAGCACCAUUGCCAGCAAUGCUGCCAUUUCUGGGAUUGCUUCACACAAUAGGAUUCUGUACAAGAGGUCAUUUGUUUAAAAUAAAGAGAAGAACUUUAGCUUGUGCAGCUUGUCCCCUGGAAUAAAAAUGGCCUAGUUUCUUUAGCCUGCUACCAUUCUUUUUUGGUUAAUACUGUGGACAACUAGAUAUUUAAAAAUGCCUCCUCAUUUGCAUAAGCCCCCUCACUUUUCUUUCUGUUAUAUUACUGGGGUUUUUGUUUUGUUUUGUUUUGUUUGAACUCUCUUCUCUGUGUCCCUAAUUCUUUUCUUAUCUUUUUUCUCUGCACUUUUCUCUCAAUAUAUCUGUAGCCUCUCCACUUCCAUGCUUUCUACCACAUGGGAUUAAGUGCAGAGAAGAGGAAAGAGUCACAAAGCGAAUUUUAUCAGUCCCAAGAUGACAUCACAAAAAGGAAGUCUCUAGCCAGCUUCUUAGAAGUGCUUGACAGUAGACUAUCUAUCAUGUCUGCAGAAAUGUUGAUUUUUUUUCACUCAGAUUCAACCAGACGAAAACUAGAAACUAGACAAUGCUCCCCUCCACCCCCACUAUUGCCACCUUCCAGAAACUCAACUAGUCUUAUAUCUCCUGUUGUAUGACUCUUGGAAACUGGUUGCCUUUAGCCAAAUCUCCCGUAGGGACAAGAGAAAAACGGAACAAAUCCCUCGGAUUUAAGUGUCAUUUACAAAUAGAGCUAAGGAUUUGGUUCUUGCAGGAUCAGCUUUACUAGGUGAUCAAUGCAAGACAGAUGAUGGAACAACAAAGAGAAUCGCUUCUGUAAAAGCCCGCCAGUCCUUCACCACCCUGGGUUCACAUUAUUAUAAUAUCUUUAUUAUGUCAUUAUCAAAUUCAUAGAUGAUUAUGUCAUUAUCAAAUUCAUAGAAUAUAUUAUGUUCUGUAAUGAGUCUUUUCUUUAAAAAAAAAACUUCAAAUAUUUCUUUCUUAGUUACCUAUUAUUGCUCAAGGAUGUCCUUACUUUUCAGGUAGGGAAAUGUCAAUCAACUGGACAAAUUCCUGGAAAAAGUGAAGGUUCUGCCUAGGGUUGGUGCUCAUUUUAAUUUUAGAACAUGAAGUUGCACACUGAGGACCUGCCAUCACAUCCUGUGGGCCAUUUGGACUAGCAGUGACCCUUAAUACAAUCUUUUGUAGUAAUUUGCAGAAAGAACGGCUAUGUACCCAUGUGCAGGGAUAAUUCAAUUGUUGUGAGAGUUUGCCAAAGCCACCACCACUCUAGCUUUGUCUUCGCUAUUUUUCUAUGUGUUUUGUGGGUCAGUGUUCACUUUUAAAAAGGGAGACUUUGGCCUUACGACAGAGUUUCCUCUUGUGGAAUAAAGACUGAUAUUAAUCUUUCAUCUUCAAGAAUCUGAUGACUGAGCUUUGUAGGAAUGUACCCCACAGUUGGAAAAGGGCCUGGUCAAUCCCCACCAAUUGGAGUAGGCUACUUACUUGAGGCCAAGGAGCUGGAUAAUUUUUCUCAAUCUGUUAUCAUUAUCAGCAAAAUAUUAGCUAAAAAUAUGAAUAACAGCUGACUGAUAAGUCAGAAAAUUGGCCUUGGCAAAUGGAACAUAUAGAAUAGACAAGAAUAUUUAAAUCCUUUAAUGACCUGUCGGAGCAGGGGACAAACAAAAAGUAAAACUGAUAUUUUGAAUUUUAAAUAUUCAUUGCAAAACCAAUAUUAUACCAAAUCUAUUUAUAUUUAAAUCUCUGAACAUAUAAAAAUCCAUCUUAAAAGCAUUAUGCUCUGUAAAGCAUGUUGUCAGUCAGCUUUGCUGAAAAAUAUACCUUCCAUAGCUCAGAGACGAGUAACAUCACUCUAGUAAAUUUACACCCAGCCACUUUGGGUGUAAAGAGAAAUCCCAUUUUCCACUCACAAUUUCCAACACACAUUUUAGUUGUAAGAGUUUAUCAUUUUCCACAGAUGCCAUUAAAUUAAGCAGGGAAACUACUUUCUGUAAAAUCAACAAAAAAAAGUUACAAUGUAAAUAGAUAUGUUAGUUCUUUUCCUGGUGAUUAAACUGUAAGAUUUUGUUUUUCCUUUGACAUUUAGUUAUUUAACUAUCUGAAAAUGGUUCACUUUGACCUGUUACUUUAGUCAGUCAAACUCAAAUGAGGGGCCUCUGUUCAUAUAUAUAGACUCCUGUAUAUGUAACUUUUGAUUAUGUGGGACCGAUGGCCAGUAUAUUCUAAUGGAAACAAAUCUCCCACCCUGUAUCUAGGAUUAUCUGCUCACCUUGCCAUGUGCCAUGUCCAUCUUGCAAUGAGAACUAACUUACACCUGCCUGUUAUUCUGCAUGAUUGGACUCCAAAGAUUAUUACCAAUGAAGAGAAUUGUCCUGUGUCAGUGUUCAUAAAAUGGACUUAAAGCACACACACAUGCGCACACACAUUCACUUGCUCCCUUACAAUUCUAGACCCACCUUGGAAAGUGAAACCAUGUUUGUUCUGUUUCUUUGCAAGGCCUUAGUGGUGAGAACUAAGGUCAGUCAGCCUGAUGGAUAAAAUGAAAUCUUAGUGAUGUUCAAUAAGAGCUUGAAAUCAUUCAAGUAAUUUUUGUGUCCUUUCUCACACUCUUUCAUUUUUAUUGUUUUCUUUUAUUUUCAAAAUUCUGUGGAACAAGAGGAUGAAUCGGGGGAGAACUUUGGCUUCUUUAGACGCUUUGUCGGCGGAUACUGAGUCAAUACAUUGUGAUUUCUGUUUUUUAUGAAUUAUUAAAAUCAGAGGAAAUCUACUUCACUUAACAUAAAACCAAAUCCAAAUCCACAUGUUGUUGGAGUUUGCCUGUUGACAAUGGUUAUUAUGCUGUUCGUUGUCUUGGGUCGCAUGCACUCAGUAGCUCUGAGGGGUCUCACACGAUUUUAUUCACAUGGUGAAAGAAACCUGUAGUGUGGUCUGGUUGUGCCAGGGAAUAAAUAAGAAAUAAGGAGUGAUUGAUUUCUCA